UCUCACCUCUGGGUUGUCGUGGAGACACUCCCCACCUGGACAGUAGACUCCGCCCUGCAUUAACCGGAAUUAUAUAGUUUAGCCAAUCAGACACCUGGCGGCUGGAUGGAAUAAGGAAGUAAUCUGCAUAGGCUAAUCCUAAUCCACAGACAAAGGCCAUUUUAAUCGGAGGUCUUCUCGGCAGGCUGGGCUCGUCUGGCUGGACCUGUAGGAUUGAUCCAGCAAAGAUUGGAGGAUACCCAAAAUCUAUUUCUCCAAUAGGAAUCCCAGAUCACGCUUGUGACAGCACACACAUGGAUCUAAUCUUCCUCUCUCCCAUUGACCUCAAUACAACCACAUGGUGAUCUGUUCAACUACCCCUGUUCUGUAGUUGUUCAUGGAAGUAAUUGUUGGAUGUGCCUCUAAGUUUAAACCCUCUCUGACUCUCUACCAACUACAGGUAGUAACCGGCUUUUGCACAGAAGGCUGUAGUGAAUGGAGGUGGAUGGAAGCGCCUUUGAUGUGGUUUAGAUAAUCUAUUGUUUGCUUUUGGCUGUCUGGUGACAUGUUCGGCAGUGUGAAGAAAAUCAUCUCUCUGUUUGAGACUCGACGGCAGCCUCGCCCCCUCUCUCUACCUCCUUCCCUCCCUCCAUCUCUCUCUCCUUCUCUUCCUGCAUCUGUUUCUUCAUCUCUUCCCCAAUCCCUCCCUUCCUCCCUAUCCCCUCUCAGGUCCAGUAAAAAAGCCCCCCAGUCCCCCUUAAAGAGACACUCCUCUCCUUCUGCCUCCGUCUCCGGCUGCCCUUCCUCCCUCUACCCUCAGACCAAACCCAGACCCCCCCUUAACCCCCCACCUGUCCACCAACCACUACAACUUCCUGCUAGAUGGAGAGUAGGAGAAGAAGGCAGGGAGGGAGUGAGUGAUACGGGUUGGGGUCAUGGAGGGCUGAGAGGUCGUGGGGGGGUCAGGGUUAGGAACUCAUGGCCGAGCGGACGGCAGGAGCUUCAGAUAAGAAACCAAACAUCUGUCACCAUGGAGAUUCCACAACACUUUUGGACCGCAACUAAACCUCAACUCCAGACCACUACUCAACCCCAACCUCAACCCCAGACCACUAUUCAACCGCAGACCACUACUAAACUCCAGACCACUACUCAACCUCAACCCCAGACCACUACAAAACCAAAACCUCAACCGCAGACCACUAUUCAACCCCAACGUCAACCCCAGACCACUGUUCAACCCCAACCUCAACCCCAGACCACUACUCAACCCCAGACCACUACUCAACCCCAACCUCAACCGCAGACCACUAUUCAACCCCAGACCACUACUCAACCUGAACAUCAACCGCAGACCACAUCUAAACCUCAGACCACUACUCAACCCCAACCUCAACCCAAGACCAAUACUCAACCAAAACCAAAACCUCACCCGCAGACCUCUACUCAACCCCAGACCACUACUCAACCCCAACCUCAACACCAGACCCUGGCCCCGCUCCCAUCCUGGUCGCUGUGUCUGAAGGGUACACCUUCUGUCCGGAAUGCUGAGGCAGCCCUGCUGCUCUUCUGCCACAGUGGCUCCAGUAGCAGUAAGAUUGCAAUUGACAACAAGAUUGAGCAAGCCAUGGACUUGGUGAAGAGCCACCUGAUGCUGGCUGUGAGAGAGGAGGAGGAGCUACUGAGGAAGCGGAUCAACCAGCUGUCAGAGAGGAACGCCCAGCUGGAGAGAGAGAACUACAUACUGAGAGCACUGAGAGACAGACAGACACACUAACGCACUCAUCCACGCACACAUACACGCACACAUACACAAAGAGAAGUUAACAGUAUUAGUACAUGCCUUUCAUUUUCUAUUUAAAGGGGUGUUUUGAUUAGUCCUGUAAAAUGUGUAUUUAUAUUUAACCUUAAUGUACCCAGGUGAGUCAAGAACAUAUUCUUAUUUACAAUGACAGCCUGGCUAUGAUGAUGAUGAUGUAGUCUCGUGUAAUGAUGAUGAUGUAGUUAUGAAGAGGCCUGGUUGCCAGUCUCUAUAACGUACCAUUUCUUAGUAUAUUCCAUGUCGUGUGCCAAUGGCAGUUAAUGAGUGGAAUGUUAGCUAAACGGAGACUGGUAACCAGGCUAAUGAAGGGGGGUUCUGAAAGAGAAAGUGUGGUGUGCAUAUUCUGUAAUUCUGCAAAAAAAAUAUGAGUCAAAUAAAUAACUGUUACUAAAGAAGAGUUUGACUUGUGCUCUAGAGUCCACCACUUACACAAGCACACGCAAUGUAACAUGCACGCCAAGGGGCGCCAUUGUAUAAUUUCCUACUAACGAAGAAACCGGAAGUGUGAUUGUUUUGUUCUGUAGAAGGUGUUAUGUCGGCGCCAGUGGAGGGAAUUUCAAAAGUGAGCAGAUCCUGCUAAAGAGUCAAUCUAACCUCGUGUAUUAACAGUGAAAACAACAAGAAACGCGUGAGCUGUCAUUCGGGACGCUUCCUCAUAACAUAACAGAGCCGUCGCCCAAAGAUAAAGACCCAGACUGGUGACCUAAGAUGACCAGAGUAGGUCCCCUGCAGCAGCGUCCUCUAGCAGGGUGCAAUGACCCAGACAUCCGACUGGUCCCAAUGCCUGCCCCGGUGCCCCUGGUCCCUGCUAGCCUCCUACGGUGCCCGGAACUGGACCUGUCUCUCCCCCUCAGCCCAGACCCGCCACGACCCAACCCAGCUAGCCUGCUGAGAGGACGCAGCCACCGGCAGGUGCGAUUUGCCUCUGAGGAGCCUGUGGUUGUCACGGUGAUAGCAGAGCCUAGCAAAGACCCUCCACCUUGGCAAUGCCCUGGACACUCCAGCAGUUACUCAAAGGGGAAAAGACUCCAUGGUGGAGAUCUGUGUUGGAGGGCAAGGUCAGCAACCAAUGAGGAGGCUCCCUGUGAGGAGAGGGGUGGCAGCCUCCCUGAAGGGGCGGAGUUAAAUACUACUCUGGCUCUGAGGGCUGAGCUAGAUAAUGUGGCAGGGGCAGAGUUUAACUCCCAGAAGGCUGUGCAGGAGCAACUACAGAAGUCAGACAGAACCAAGAACAGCAUCAGCGCCCGGGCUACAGAGGGGGUGAAUGUCCCUCCAUCCCAGCACCUCUACAGGGCAUUGGUCAAUGUGAAUGUGGAGGAGGAGGAGCUUAUCAGCCAGGCUCUACGUGACAGGCUUCAGCUGGUCUCGCCCACAUGCAGCCAUGGCAACAAGAAAGAGGACAGUCCUGACCUGCAGGUUUUCUUCAGGGGGGAUCUGCUGAGAGAGAAGCCCCUCCUACCAGGGGAGGAGAUUACCAUACCACGCCCCCAGCCCAUCCCACGCCCCGCAGACACAACCUUCGACCUCUACCACAGACACACAUGCUGGGAGGCUGGACCCUGACACACACACACUUACUCUGAACCUCUAGACUGAAAGGCCCUGUCCCAAAACUUAAGAAGAGCAUUAUCCCUUCUUUCCCUCCCUACCUCCGUCAUUCUCAGAUAUAAAUAUUGUAUUUUAAACUAAUUGAAGAUAUUAAAGGAAUGAACCUGUA